AUGCCCACUGGCGCAUACGCCCGCCGACAUGAAACCCAAGACAAUGAAAGUCAUCCUCCUCCCCCUUCGAAUCGAAAUACCUCCACGACAGAAGACGAAGAGCUUCGUCUAGUCCAGCUGCAAAAUGCCGUCCUGCAACGAGAUGUUACGACCGAAAAUAAUGCAAACAACACUCAUGCUGGACAUGCGGGCAAUGGGACGAGAGGACAUGCGGCGAGCACAACAACAGACGGCGCACGCAAUCCCGUCACACCAGGCACUGACUAUGCCUCGCUCCGACUCAUCACACGCAGGCAACCUCAAGACCCAGACGCCUUGCUGAACGGCAUGGACACGAGCAGCGCAGACCUGAGCUGGGCAGCGGGUCUGGACGCGCAUGGGGGUCUUGACCCGAAAGGACAACCAUGGGUGUAUCCCAAGACGAGGGGCAAGCUGGGCUCAAACCUGGACGAGUUCAGGGACGAAAUCGAGACGCGCACGAAAAAGGGCGAAGGUUGCCAGACUAUCGCUGAUGCUCUCAUCGCCAUGGGCGUCGAGACGAGCAAUCGGGCUGUUGCGAGGCAGAGGAUGAAAUGGGGUCUCCGACAGAGGGCACAGAGACGAAUGACCGAGCAAGGUCUCGCCAACAUCCGUAAGGCCCACCUCGACCACGCCCAGCGGUUGUCCAACAGUGACCCCGUCCCCGUCAAGCGAGUGCGCAUCCGCGUCCUGCGCAAGGCCGAGAUCACGCGCAUGACAAAAGAGGGCCUGUCGGCAGCACAGAUCGCAGAGAAUCUCAGCGCCCGUGGUGUCAGGCUCAAGAGGGGCGCUGCCACUGUCGAACGGUUGCGUACCGUCUGGGGCCUGACCGAGGACACGCAGCGCAGCGUCGAGAAUAUCCGCGGCACAGCUCGGAACCGGGCGGCCAAGGCUCAGAAGGAGCAGUUUGAGAGCAUCGCCCAAGAGCUGGGCGUUGUGGACGUGGAUGGCUGGGUGAGGAGCAAGAUGAGCGAGGAGGUUGCACGGGAUGCCAGGCGGGAGUAUGGGUAUAGGCUCAUGGGUGAUGCGAGGCCUAAGUCGACGAAUGACCCUGCUCUUCUGGGACGCAAUGCGCAGCAGCAGCAGCAACAGCAGCAGCACUUGAGAGCCCUCUCGGCAGAAAGAAGAAAGGCUGGAAGCUUUGGUACAAAUGUUCUCAACAAGUUACCCGGCGUGGACUUUCUACCUCACACCUUCGACCCAAUCUUCACUCCUCCUGCCCAGGACGGCAUGGCUCCAACGGGAUCAGCACAGGGCCCUUCGGCGAUGGCUCUCGCUGGAACAGAUGCACUGCAGGAGGUAAUGGAGACAUCGAGUGACGAAGCCGAGAGCGACCAAGAGGUUCUGGAUGAUGGUGAAGGGACAGAUGCUGACGAGGCUCGCGAGGACGAGCAGGACAGCCAGGUUGCGGUAGAGCGCCAGGUCGCGUCAUCCUUGGACUUAAAUGUGGAUUCCUCUACGUCGCUGCAGCCGCAAUUGUCAGCACUGCAAGUCACCACUGGCAUGACAUCCGACUCUAACUUCAGCGACAACGACUUUGAUAAGCCGUGGGAAGAUGCCGGUCAAGAAGGCCCUCCUCCACGAGAUAUAGCAGAUGAUCUCGAUCCAGCAGACGUGACGACACAAGCUCCUCCACCUGGCUUCGCUAGCCGACGUCUCGUCAACAUCGCACCGCGCCCUCCUUCUCUGCGGCCGAUUGCGCCUCGGCCGCUCGCUCCCCUGCCGAGUCUUGCUCAGCCGCAAAAGCCAGAGGCCGAAUACAUGGCGCAGUUUGGUCUCUUCCCCUACCCAACCCACGGCAAACCACCCCAGAAGUACUUGACCCCAACGGGUCUCAUCACGACAGAAGGAUACGAAUAUCUUGCUUCACCCGCAGGGCUGCCCACUCAUCCCCCAUCCGACGUGAUCAACAUCAUGCCGCCACCCCAUCCCCCUCAUCCUCCACCACCACCAAUGCCUCCACUGCCUGCCAAGGUCAGCCAGAUCCCGGCCCCUCCGCUGAUCAUGUCACCAGAAGAAGUAGAGAAGCACAAAGAGGACCUAAAAUCCAUCGAGAGGUGCCACAUGCUAAUACAGGAGUGUAUGGACCUAUUGGCUGCGCGAGCUGACAGCAGACCGCCGGAAAACAGCCUGACGGGCAUGCCACCUAGUCUGAGACAGAUUCAGGAUGCCAAGGAGAGGCUUAAGGAGGCCGCGAGUGUUCUGCUUGCAAAGCUGUGA